CUUACAAAGCUUCCCGCAAAAAUAGUUAUGGCGGCGGUGACAAUUCGACUUUCGCCGCCAAUUCCAGUGUCACUCCCUCCGAUUCUCCGACAACGCCGAAUCCGAAAAAUCUCCACCGUAAUCCGUUUAUCGACCUCCAUGGACUCUCAACACAACCGCCCCGAACGAGUUGUCGUAUGCGGCGGCGGAGUCAUCGGGGUAUGCACAGCUUACUUUCUUGCCAAGAACGGCGCCGCCGUCACCCUCGUCGAGAAAUCUUCCGUCGCGUGCGCCGCCUCAGGUAAAGCCGGAGGAUUUCUCGCGCUAGACUGGUGCGACGGUGGACCCGUAUCUUCUCUCGCCCGCGCUAGCUUCAAUCUCCACCGUUCGCUCUCCGAAGAGCUCGAUGGCCCCCAAUACUACGGCUACAGACCCGUCGACACUCUCAGCCUCACUGUCACAGAGACCCAGAAUGAGAAUCCUCCCUCCGGUUCUCGAUCCUCCGGUAGGUCCAGUUUGCCGUCGUGGGUCGAUGGUACUACAGCUCGGGGCCCAAGAACUAUUGGGACCGUCGAAACCACGGCUCAGGUUCAUCCCCAGCUCUUUACGAGGACGCUGAUUUCGAAAGCCGUGGAGAGUUACGGCGUCGAGGUGGUGAUGGGGAAGGUGGAACGAGUUGAGGCGGAGGAAGGUCGAGUUAACUCGGUGGUGCUUGAAGGGGGCAGGGUGGUGGAGUCGGACGCCGUCGUUUUGGCACUCGGACCAUGGUGUGGGAAGUUUGAGCUAUUGUCGUCGUUGUUUAGAGUUUCGGCUCUCAAGGCUCAUAGCAUUGUUUUGGAGCCUAAAGAACCUGGUUUGAUAACCCCUCAUGCCCUUUUCUUGAGCUUCUACCCUUCUAAUGGAGGAAAGCCAUUGGACCCAGAAGUUUAUCCUCGUCCAACAGGGGAGGUGUACGUAUGUGGAAUGUCAGCGGAGGAGGAUGUUCCCGAAGACCCGGAGCAGAUCGUGGGCAAACCAGAAUCAAUACAGGUGCUUAAGACGGUGGCCGGCAGUGUGUCGAGUCAUCUAAGGGAAGGAGAGGCCCAAGUGAAGGCCGAGCAAGCUUGCUUUCUGCCAUGUACAGACGACGGAGUCCCCAUAAUCGGGGAGGUUCCUGGGAUCAAGGGCUGCUACGUUGCCACGGGACAUAGUUGUUGGGGAAUUCUGAAUGGUCCGGCCACUGGGGCUGCCAUGGCCGAGCUUGUGCUUGAAGGGCGUGCUGCCAUUGUUGAUCUCAGUCCAUUUAGCCCUGCCAGGUUUGUUAGGCGUAGUAAGCGUUAAGACUCAAUAAUGGGAUGAGUUUCGAGUGUUGUAUAGUUGUUAUUGCUUGACCUUAUCACAGAAUAAGAAGAGGGUAUUAGUAAAUAAUCAAAAAAAAUUAUUGAAUCACUCUAGUUCAUAUCACAGUUAAGAGGGUCUUGUUUUGAGCAUUUUGAUGAUCGAAGUACAUGUUCAAGACUACUCAAAACACUAUCAUUCGUGGUUGUAUUUAUUUAUACCAAGUUUUAUUUUUUUUCUAAGCA